AUGGAGCAAGCGGUAGAACGAGAAGANCCCUCAGAGGUCGAGAAGAAGAUCGACUCAGAGAGAUCAUCAACCUCAGGACGCACCCGUUCAGAAAUCGAAGAUGUCAAUGCAAGGCUCUGGCUCUCGGAAGACGAGGCCUACCAACACGCAAAAGCACACCCAGACGAAUCUCGAGAGAUAUACAUUACCUUUUCGCCAGACGACAGAGACAACCCUCGCAAUUGGGGCAAAGCAAAGAAGUGGUAUAUCACUUGCUUUGCUAGUUCGCUGAAUGUGUUGACUUGUUUGUGUGCUGGUGGGUAUUCGUCUGGUGUUGGGCAGCUUGUUGAGGAGUUUGGUGUUUCUGAUGAAGUUGGAACCGUUGGACUUUCAAUGUAUAUCUUGGGCUUUGCGAUUGGUCCUAUGCUUCUCGCGCCUCUCUCCGAAUACUUUGGCCGUAAUCCGGUUUACUUCUGCUCGUAUCAUGCUAACUGUACCUUCUANGGGUUUAUCUUAUUCAUUUUUCAAUUACCACUGGCGCUAGCACCCAACAUUGCUACAGUCAUUGUCUGCCGACUGAUCCAAGGAUUCGGUGGUUCAGCGCCAUUGACAAAUACCGGAGGCACUGUGUCAGACAUUUGGGAGCGAAACGCCAGUGGACCAGCCAUGUCCAUCUACGGUCUUUCCUCGACAUUCGGUCCACCCAUGGCCCUCGUCAUCUCCNNUGGAUACAUUGCUCAGGAAAAAGGCUGGCGCUGGCUAUUCUGGGUAUACAUGGCCAUCUUUGGCGGUGUCUGGCUUAUCAUGAUGAANAAAGCCGCUCGCGUGCGCAAAGCACUNAAAAAAGACGGUCUCGACAAAUCGGCAGCAAGAGUAUUCGACGCACACGCCGACGAGUCCAAGAGUCUACACACCUUAUUCGCCAUUACCCUGACCCGACCUUUCCGGUUUUUGUUUACAGAGCCCAUUACCAUUGGUGCUGCUGCAUACAAUGGAUUCAUCUAUGGAUUGGUCUAUCUUUUUAAUGAAGCNUUUCCCUUGGUCUUUGGUAAGAACCAUGGCUUUAAUGUCGGCGAACAGGGACUUGCUUUCUUGGGACUGGCUAUGGGAAGUGUGGUCGGUGUUGCACUGUACCCCAUCCAAGAACGCUAUUAUUUGCGUAAAGUGGCCAGGAAUGACGGUAAAGGUGUCCCUGAGGCAAGAAUCUGGCUUGCGCGAUUUGGCGCUUUCUUGUUGCCCAUUUCGCUGUUUUGGUUUGCUUGGACUUCCUUCCCCUCAGUCCACUGGAUCGUCCCCAUCCUCGCCUCGGGCGUCUUCGGCCUAGGCAUCUACAUCGUCAUUCUCUCCAUCCUCAACUACGUCGUCGACAGCUAUCAAACCUACUCUGCCUCUGCCCUAGCCGGCGUUAUUCUCAUCCGCAAUCUCGUAGGCGCUGGCUUCCCUCUCUUCGCCAACCAAAUGUAUACCCGUUUGGGCUAUGAGUGGGCGUCAAGUCUAUUGGCUUUCUUGAGCAUUCUCAUGAUUCCCAUUCCGUGGUUGUGGUUUUAUUAUGGCGAGAGGUUGAGGAUGAAGUCUCCGUGGGCGAGAGAGCAUUUUGCGCAAGAUGAGGAUUCGCCGCAUUGA